AUGAGAGACCAUGUGAACAUCCCAAUGUUCAGGGGUCAGAAUGGAUGGAGUGGAGAGGGCUGGAGAAGUAUCUCAGAAAAGUUCAACCAGAUGUUUCCUUUUGCACACUUCACAAAGCAACAGCUACAAGAGAAGGAAAAUGAGUUAAAGGGCAGCUGGAAGGUGAUACGAGAUGCGAGAAAGGAAAGUGGUGUUGGUUGGAAUGACUCAUUGGCCAUGGUGAUUGCGGAACCGCCAAAAUGGAAAAAACUGAUCAGUGAUAAUGGAAAAAUGGCAAGGUUUCAGAAGAAGCCAUUUCCUUUAUAUGAAGAUUGCACGUCAUUAUGCUGUGUGGCUACAGGAGAUCUAAACUUCACAUCAACCGAGAACUUGGAACCUGCUCCUGCUCAUGGUCCACUUGCUCCCGCUGCUCCAGUUGCUCCCACUGUACUCUCUGAGAGCACAAAUCCAUUUGCUAGUUUAGAUGGGAUAGACUUCUCGAGUGCACAUAAUGAAGCUCAAUCUGCACCUUCCAAUGAAGAUUCUGUGCAAGGAGCAUGGGGUGGGAAAAAGCGUAAGCGAAGUCAUAUUGGUUCUGCUAUUGAGGAUUUUGUGCAGUUUAAGAAGAUGCAAACAAGCAAAACCUUGGAAGAGCUCAAUGAAAAGAAGAAACAAGACGAAGAAUUUUCAGUCCACAAGUAUCUCGAUGAAGUAGACGCAAUGGUUGGACUUACUGAUAGGGAGAAGGCUUAUGCUAUGGAUAUCUUCAAAUCUGAGAUAGGCAGGGAGGUAUUCAUGAAAAUGGAAAACAAAAAUGUUCGCUUUAUUUGGCUCAAGCGCCAGAUUAGUGCUAUUAGUGGAGGCAAUGUUGGUGGAGGCAAUAUUGGUGGAGGCAAUGUUUGA